AUGGAUACGUUUUCGUCGUCGGACAGUCCGUCCUUCCCCGGCAACCGCAUUGUAUCCUACCUACGAACUUUGGCCAAGUCCAAGUCCGAACUGCCUUACGGACUGCCUGUGUGUGCGUCUCCCUCUCACACGGUUACCAACACGGACUCGCUCCUGCAUCUCGCGUCCUUGGUCGGCCCCCAUAUCAGCAUCCUUCAGGUUCACGCAGAUAUCAUCGAUGACUGGUCCGAGGAAACGGUUCGCCAAUUGACCACUUUGGCCAGAAAGCAUGGCUUUUUGAUCUGGGAAAGCGGUCGGAUUCUCAAUUCCACUGUGGACGUUGUCGGUCGGCAGAAAUCUGAAUCGAGAGAAGUACGGAAUGGGGUGGUCGACUUGAUACGGAAGAAGUACACUAGGGGUGUGGUGAAGCCAGCAUCAUGGGCGGGCAUGUCGACAGCUUGGGCUUCGGGGGCCGCUGUUUACAACCAGGAAGCCGACAUUUUGAUUCCGACCUUGAAGGCUGCCGCUCGGGAGGCAGUGGCAGACGCUGUGCAGACCAUCAGAACCGAAAUCACCGCCGACAGUUUCGCAAAUGAGCAAUCCAACAGCGAUCAAGACUCGGCACAAUCCCAACAUCUUACUGAGUAUGUCGUCGACCAAAGUGGCCUGGGACUGCCCCCACGGAAGGCCUCGACUAUCUCCCUUACCCAAACAAUCACCCAGCAUACCGAAGAUUCUGCCGAUUAUCCCUUGGAAUCACCUCAGUUCGAGCGCCAUGGCUUCGAGUUUGGAACUUUGAGUCCAUCUACGAUACCUGAGGAUCUUCCUCCCCCGCCUCUUCUGGCCCGUGGUCUAGUACUUUGUUUGCCAUCCAGGACCGAUACUUCUUUUACUCCGGACUACCGUCAGAGCUGCAUAGCUGCUGCCCGUGCCAAUCAAGAUUUCGUGGUGGGAUUCCUCUGUGGUGAACCAUGGCAUCUUGCCUCGCAGAGAAGCGACAUCUUUGAGACAGGCCUGUCUGGUUACAACGAUGAGCAGCAGCAGCUGAGCCCAUACUCGUCGGAUGACGACGAGGAGCUGCCACACUUUGCGCUGUUCUCUCCCAUCUGCCAAGGUGGACAGCCGCUCGACGGCAGCGAGGAAGAUGAAGAGAUGGGAGAGGAGGACGAGACACCUCUGCCUGAGACCACGAUACCACUCGAAUCCCUCAACCCUCUCGCCGCAAAACUAUUCUAUGCUGCUGGGAAGGCAUUCAAACUCCGCGAAGCAACCAGCCAGGAGAAUGGAAUCACGCAUAAAUCCGACAGCACAAAAAGUUGUCAGAUUUUGCACAUUCCUAUCGUCUCGUUGCCGUGA